GGGUAAAUAAACCAUUAGUAUUUCCUGAGCUAACAACACUCGUUCUGGCUUUGACAGAUAACCUCAACAGACCUUAAACACCUACAUUGUGUUAGGAUAACAUCACACAACUUGGGAGAAUGCCUUUCUGAAGACACACACUACGGUGAAGUAGCUUGUUGUUUAUGCCAGUCAUCAAUUGCCUCAGACAUUGAAGCUUCUGGCUGCUACAAUAUCCUAGCUAGCUCAUUAGCAGCAUCGCUAGCUUUGUAGCAUCAGCCAGCUUUCCAGCGGUGGCUGAACAGAUCCGCUCACAAACAGGCUGAAUGUGAGUAACAGCUUGCUGACCUGGUACCCGGACACACACCCUGAACAAGAAGAGAGGGGAUGGUGCAGCCACAGCCUGAUGGCCCGAUGCAGUGGGACAUGCCGGGAGAAGAGAUUGGCGGGACCCUCAGGGUCCCCCCGGAGCUGGCCUCCAAUGAGGUGGUGACCAGGCUGCUGGGAGAUAACCAGCAGCUAAGAGAGGCCCUGCAGCGCAGCAACCUGGCCCUCCGUCAGCGCUGUGAGGAGAUGGAGGGAUGGCAGCAGAGGACCAGAGGGGAGCGAGAGUUUCUCAGCUGUCGUUUCCAGGAGGCCAGGGCCCUUGUGGAGAGGCUGGCCCAGGAGAACCACUCCCUGCAGAGUCUGGUGAACGGGUCGGCCCCCUCCUCCACCCACUGCUGCAGCUCCAGCCAGACCGAGGAGCUGCAGGCGCGCCAGGUCCGGAGCAGGCCGCUGGACGGACCGCAGACACUUGAUCAGCGGGAGAAGAAGCGAGUGGAAGAGACAGAUCAGAACACACAGACCAUGCCGCCUCGCAGCCUGGGCGAUGCGAGUGUGCAUAGCUCCUUGAGUAGCGCCCUCCCCUCUCCCUCCUCCUCCCUUUCAGAGGUAUGGGGGGAGAAAGUGGGCAUGAAAGAUGGCCAGCCUGUGGAAGGUUCAAACGAUUUCCUCCAGUUGCUGAAGAGCCACAAAGAGAAACUGGAGGAAGGGAUGAGAGAUCUGAAGAGGAAGAAUGAAGAGCUGGAGAGGGAGAGGGAGGAGGGGGAGAAAGAGAGAGAGCGCAUGCGGCGCUACUUUGACCAGAUGUGGAACAAACUGGCCCAGCCACAGGCAGUCAAUGUUUCUGACGAGGCUGCCCAACAUCGCUCUGAGGCACAGCACUCCUCGGACUGCUCUAGCCUGGCUAAACUCACAGAGCAGCUUCAGGCCACACAGGGCAGGUACCGUGAUUUGGAGGAGAAGCUGGAUUACCUGCAGAAGAGUUCAGCUCAGCGGGACCGAACUGAAGCUCUGCUCAAACAGAAGGACAAGGAUUGCGCUCAGCUGGCCAAGGACUGCGAGGCUCUGAAAUCUCAAGCCACAUCCCUGUUAGGAGAACUGAACGAGAGACAGAGCUGCCUGGAGAAGAGCGAGCAUGAACGCAAAAUGCUGGAUGAAAAGCUGUGCAGUAAGAUGAAGGCGCUGCAGGUGGCCGAGCGGGAGCAGGAGCAGCAGAGGAAGCAGCAUCACGUAGCCAUGGACAAGCUGCUGCUGCAGACCCAGAGCCUGGAGACCGCCCUGAAGACAGAAAGACAUGUGGUCACAGAGGAGAAGAAAAAACUGACACAAUUGCAGCAUGCCUACACGUGUCUUUUUAGAGACUAUGAUACCAAACUGAAGAGUGAGGGAGGAGAUCUGUGCAGCCGGUUGGAGGAGGCGGAGCGGGCGCUGGCCCUGAAGCAGGACCUCAUAGAUAAACUGAAGGAGGAGGUGGAGCAGCAGAAAGGCUCUCUGGAGACCGUGCCCGUCCUCACUGCACAGGCUGAGAUCUACAAGGCAGAUUUCCUAGCAGAGCGAGAAGCGAGAGAGAAGCUGAACCAGAAGAAGGAGGAGCUGCAGGAUCAGCUGACUCAGGCCCUGACUGAGAUUGACAGGCUCAAACAGGAAGCCACAUCACGAGCACGCAUCGAGCAGAUGAAGCUGAGACACCUGGAAGACUUUCCAACAAGGACGCCACACAUUCCCCCCCCUCAAGCUUUCAACACGGUGCCCCCGGCCCCCUCGUUCCGCCAUCAGGGUUUGGCCCCCCUCGGUGAUCAAGGAGGAGCCGCUGGUGCUGAGGAGCUGCCUGAUUUAUGUUGUCCUAAGUGCCAGUACCAGGCUCCAGAUAUGGACACGCUGCAGAUACAUGUCAUGGACUGUAUACAGUAACAUGAGCGUACAGCACACACACCUACAGAUUUACAUAGAAAGUACAUUUAAUUUUCGCACGUUUCCUAGUGUCUACUCCUAGCAUUGGGCACAACUUGAUAAACAUCUUUGGUUGUGGCCCCUUGCUCUCUGACACACACUUCAAAACAGACACACAAACCGAAAUACUUGCUGUACAUCUUACAAUUUUAACAAUCGAAUAUGUUGGAAACAAGACCAUUGGCAAUCAAAUGACGGUAUGAAGUGAAAGCGGAGAAUGACAGCAAAUAAUGAGCACGGUAUUUUCCUAGAAGGUGCUCAAUGGAUUACAAAUCGUGCUGUAGCUUUUCAAUUCUGCAACUCGUGCUUUUCGCGUCUUUGUCUUUACUCCUGGCACUUUUUCUUUUUCCCUCUUCAUGCCUUGCCUCUGAGAUGGCCCACUGACAAACAUGUCCAUCAGUAUUUGUAUAUGAAUCCUGAUAUCUUGUCCCUCUUUGCUCUUGUGGGAUAGUGGCAAUCGAGGAGGUAAAUACAUACUGUGGAAUAAGUGCGUAUAGUUUGACUGUAUCCUCCAGGUUAUACACGUGUACAAUAGAUAAAUGGGGCCUUCAAAUGAGAAAUCGAAUGACAAUGUGAAUAACCUAGUGAGCUUUGAAUUAUAUACGAUACUCAAAUAUGUUUUGGUCAAAGAUGUUGCUGUAUACAUUACCUCCAAACAUGUAUUAUUAUUAUAAAUUAGAGAUGGAUUUACUCUAAUUGAACAAAGUAGCCAUUCUCUGUGUUCUGUGCACCUCUGACUGCACCACUGCUUUAACCCCGACCCUGAACGCACCACCCCUGUCUGUGCCCUUUAUUCUGUCUUAUCUAUACCUGUAGCACCUUGCUAUUUAUCUCUCCGCAGGUAAGCACAUCAAGGGUCCUUCACAGUUUGUGUGAAUAUUGUCUGUAAUGAUGGAUCAUUUGGUUCAAAGAUUAUUGUUUCAAACUGUUGAAGAUUUAAAUAAAUUUGUUAUUCAUUA